AGUUCUGUCAUGGAGAUGAAUCGCAUUUGUUGUUACCUCUGUCUACUCUGGCUGCUGGGAAUCGGCUUUACCGUAGAAGCAGCACGACGUCUGCGUUAUAUGGUGAAUUUUCAUGGCUUCGACUGCAUCAAUAGCUGGUCGAUCAUCAAAAACUGGAGCUGUGUCAUCGUCGAGAAUGGCAAUAUCAACACAGAAUUGACACUGCUUGAGCCCAUGCCUGUGGUCUGGAUCAACUGUAAGCUGAUUGUCUUGCGACCCCCACAGAAAACUGAAAUGGUUAUCUUCAAUACAACGUUGGAUAUCUGUAAACUGCUAAGCAGCGGCAGUACGGCUAACAAGCUAGUGACCUCUGUCUAUCAAACGAUGCUGAAGGCGACCAAUUUGGUACCACAGUGUCCCAUUAGGAAGGGCCUACUGUACUUCCAUAACAUGGGUGAUUUGGAAAAAUUGCCGGCUUUUAUGCCAGAGAUGGAUUUUAAAAUCUAUAUAAAAUUCUUUAAGCCUAACUCCGCAGAGAAUUUAGAAGUUUUCUUGAACGGGAGUCUUAUCGAAAUUAAUCGACUCCGUCAGAAGUUGAUUCAUUGAAUAUAUAUGUAUGUAUAAAUAUAUAGACAUGUGAAAGGUUUGAAAAAUAUAACCAAAUUUUUAAUUUCGUUU